ACCCCACAAAGCUUGGGUGUUUUGUGGACGAUUCCGGUCCAAUUCCAACUUUUAUUUUCGCAAAUCUAGCACAUCUCUCGCCCCCCGCCUCUCUCUAAUCGACUUCUUCGAUCGUCGUUCUUCAAUUCCAAUCCACCAAAAGCCUGCAACCGUUGUUCAACUUGUAAUGGCGACCAGAGCUCAAGUUCCCACUAAAAACUCGGCACUCAUUGCUAUGAUUGCUGAUGAGGACACCGUAACUGGAUUUUUGCUGGCUGGAGUGGGAAAUGUUGAUUUGCGAAGGAAGACGAACUACCUUAUUGUCGACUCAAAAACAACGGUAAAGGCUAUUGAAGAUGCAUUCAAAGAGUUCACCACAAAGGAGGACAUCGCUAUUGUGUUGAUUAGCCAAUAUGUUGCAAAUAUGAUAAGGUUUCUAGUAGAUAGCUACAACAAUCCUGUUCCAGCAAUUUUAGAGAUCCCUUCCAAGGAUCACCCUUACGACCCGACACACGAUUCUGUCCUUUCGCGAGUGCGGUAUUUGUUCUCUGCGGAGUCUGUGGCAUCGGGGAGACGCUGAAAUGGGGACCUCUCUCUGUAUACCAUGGAAUUAUGCUCAACUCCUCCCUACCUGGAUUCAGAUUCUUCUUCUUCUUCUUCAUCUUUUCCGCUGUUGUUUGUAUCUUUCUUUAGAAUCUAUUGCGGGAUAGCGAUUGAAACAAUAAGGUGUUUUGAACAGAACACGAGAAACCUAGGCAUUUGAAUAAGAAAUGGUAGGAAUUGCUGUGUUUGAUUUCUCA